GAGAUCCCUACAGACUUUGUGGUGCUUGAGAUGGGUGAGGAAGCUGCAGAUCCUUUAAUCCUUGGAAGGCCUUUCUUAGCUACAGCAGGAGCAAUUGUUAAUGUGAAAGAGGGCAAGAUUGAUCUCCACUUGGGUAAAGGGCAUGUUCUUCACUUUGACAUCAAGGAGGUAAUGAAGAAACCAACAGUUCAAGGGCAAGUUUUCUACAUUGAAGAGAUGGAUGCCCUUGCUGAUGAGCUCCUUGAAGAAUUGUCAAUAGAAGACCCUCUACAGCAUGCUUUGACGAUAGAGAGGCCAGCUGAAGUGAUUCAGAACCUGGAGAGUGCUGCCUAUGGGAUGAUGUUGGAUUCACACAGAGGAUUUGGUAGUAAGGAUCAGUAUGAGGAGCUGCCUCAAAUUGUCCAUCAGGAAGCCUCGGUCAUUCAACAAGGGGACACCCAGCAAAACGACUGGAGCGAGCUUAAGGCGCCUAAGGUGGAGCUUAAACCUCUCCCCAAUGGUGUAAGGUAUGCAUUUCUUGGUCCUAAUGGAACUUAUCCAGUCAUUGUGAGUAGUGAACUUACUGAAACUGAGCUAUCUGAACUUUUGAAAACACUUAAAAGAUUUAGAAAAGCAAUAGGUUACUCACUUGAUGACAUCAAGGGAAUAUCACCCUCUUUGUGUAUGCAUAGGAUACAUCUUGAGGAUGAAUCAAUGACUUCUAUCGAGCAUCAAAGAAGGUUAAAUCCUAACCUGAAGGAUGUAAAAGGUGGUAUAACUGUGAUUAAAAAUGACAAGGAUGAAUUGAUACCAACAAGAACAGUCACUGGGCAUAGGAUGUGUAUUGAUUACCGCAAACUGAACUCUGCAUCUAGAAAGGAUCAUUUUCCACUUCCAUUUAUUGAUCAGAUGCUUGAGAGACUUGCAAAUCAUCCAUUCUAUUGUUUUCUUGAUGGAUAUUCAGGAUUCUUCCAGAUCCCCAUACAUCCCAAUGAUCAGGAGAAAACAACAUUCACAUGUCCUUAUGGUACCUUCGCAUAUCGAAGAAUGCCAUUUGGUCUAUGUAAUGCUCCAGCCACCUUUCAAAGGUGCAUGAUGUCGAUCUUUUCUGAUCUGAUUGAGGAUGUUGUGGAGGUGUUCAUGGAUGAUUUCUCUGUCUAUGGAUCUUCGUUUUCUGCUUGUUUGUCAAAUUUGUGCAGGGUCCUACAGAGAUGUGAAGACACCAACCUUGUGCUGAACUGGGAGAAGUGUCACUUCAUGGUCAAAGAAGGGAUUGUGCUGGGGCACAAGAUUUCAGAGAAGGGGAUUGAGGUGGAUAAGGCCAAAAUCGAUGUUAUGGUUGGUUUGCCCCCACCAAAGACAGUGAAAGACAUCCGAAGUUUUCUUGGUCAUGCUGGGUUUUACAGGAGAUUCAUAAAGGACUUCUCCAUGAUCACUAGACCAUUGACCAGGCUGCUGUGCAAAGAAGCCACCUUCAGCUUUGAUGUGGAGUGUCUAGAAGCCUUCAAGAAGCUGAAAGGUGAACUCAUCAGUGCUCCAAUUGUCCAGCCACCUAAUUGGGAUCUCCCCUUUGAGAUCAUGUGUGAUGCUAGUGAUUAUGCUGUGGGAGCUGUUUUGGGGCAGAAGAAAGAUGGCAAGACCCAUGUGAUCUACUACGCGAGCCAAACCCUGAAUGAUGCUCAGAUGAGAUAUGCCACAACAGAGAAGGAGAUGCUAGCCAUUGUCUUUGCCUUUGAGAAGUUCAGAAGCUACUUGGUGGGAUCUAAAGUCAUUGUCUACACAGAUCAUGCUGCGUUGAGACACCUUUUGGCGAAGAAGGAUGCAAAGCCCAGGCUCUUGAGAUGGAUUCUUUUGCUGCAAGAGUUUGAUUUAGAGAUCAAGGACAAGCCAGGAGUUGAGAAUGGUGUAGCUGAUCACUUGUCCAGGCUGAGAGUGGAGUGUGGCAUUCCCAUUGAUGAAGGACUCCCUGAGGAACAGAUCAUGGCUAUUGGAAAAGAACCUUGGUAUGCUGAUUUGGUGAAUUACCUAGCCACAGGAAAAGAGCCUUUGAAUCUUGUGGGUUAUGCCAAGAAGAAUCGCUCGCGUUUUCUGUCUCCGGAGCUCAACGUCUACCACUACUACUUGCAGGGCAAGCCGGUCGAAGUGGUUCUUCCAAACCAGAGACUGACGAGCUUAGAGAGACCUGGAGCUAUCAGCUUCAACUUAUCCCAAGAAGACUUUCUUGGAGAACACGGGUCUCUCGGUCCCAUUGCUGCACCAAGGAAAAGGAGUGUUCCGACGAGACACGACUUCACAGAACCUCCUAGGGAAGAAUCUGUACCCAUCUAUGGACCUCCACGCUACUACUUCAAGCCACAUGAUGGAGUCCUUCCCCCUGGUGCGCUUCGUGAUGCUCAUGACCACAUUAGCCGACUUCAGCGAUGGAACAAGGCACAAGACAGAACAAUCGAAAAGCUGAAGGACAAGUGCAAGGCGCUGAGCAAGACGGUGAAGAAGCAAGCAAAGACUUCAGCCAAGUUCAUGAAGAAGGUGGCCGAUGUCUUGACCAGAGGAGGAAUAGCUGGAUGUAGCUCAGCGGACUUCGCCUUCGCGAACACAUCAGUCCCCCAGCCCCCACCUCAGCCCACUGAUCUUGGUUUCCCACUCACUGAUAGACAGCUCCAGCGACAAUGGAGGAACCCACCCACUCAGCCUUCCGCCUCUGGAAACAAGUCUCCAUCCCUAGCCUCUUCAGAAAGUGAAGCUGAGAUUGAAGAAGUUCAGAGCCAACAAUGGUAUGGAGACUACAGCUCAGGACAUGGAGGUUACUACACCACGUUCCCACCGGACGACGAUGAUGCUGGGGCAUCUGCCCCCACUUACUAUCCUUGAAGGUACUUCUCUA